AUGUAUGCCGUACCCAUGAAUCAGACACCGACAACAAGUCAGUAUCCAUACAUGUCGGAGGGUGGUGGCGGCGGGGCCUCGGCGGGCAUCUUUGUCGGCGUCGGUGUCGGAGCAUGCGCUCUUAUCGUUGGUGUAAUAGCUGUAGUUAUAUACUGCUACAUGAAAGCGAGAAAAGAAAAGGCAAACUCAAAUAUGACAAAAUCAACGGACGUAUUUUCAACGGCGGCAUCCAAUACUCAAUAUGACUACCCUCAGCGUUCUAAAGUUAACCAGUUCCCCGAUCCUGAAGCAGCAAGGAGAAGCAGGCGUCGCGAACGAGGCCGCGAUGCGGGACAUUCAAACCCAGCUUUUACGCGACAUAGUUCAGAUACGUCUUCAAUAAGCGAUGCCGAUGGUAGAGAUUUAUCACCUCCCCGUGCCCGUCGUCCUCGAGGCGGUCAACUUAAUGACGCAUUUUCAAGUGAAUCGUCUUAUGAAGAUUCUUCUAGCGUAGAAGAUGAAGUGGUAGGUGGUAAUUAUAGAAUGGAACGUGAAACUGAUAGAGAAAAAGAAAGAAGAACCCGUAGCUCAUAUAAAAGAGCAACAGGUAGACAAGAUGAUUUACUUGAUGGUUCUAGAGGUGAAAAUACUGGAAGGUAUCGUAGAACUGACGAUGAAUCUCAAAGAAUGUCCAGAAGGGAUGAAUUUUCCAAACGAAAUCCGCGUAGUGAUUCACCACUCACAAUUGAAACGCUUGAAAAGCACGAAAAAAAUCUAGCCCGUCGCGAAAGUAAGGAAUGGGAGGAUCAAAAGGCAUUUAAAAAUAGGUCGAGGAAAAGAGAUUCCUCGCCAUCAAGAACAUACGAGAGUUCAGAGGUCACUCAAGCAUCUUUGACCACAGAAGGGACGGAGUUUACAGCUACAACCAUGUCUUCAACACGGUUUCAAAAGAAUCCGAGUCUCAGACGAAAUUCACCUUCAAGGUCUAGCUCACAUCGUAGAUACAGAAAAGACAAUGAAAAGGAUGAACAUGGCCGUAGAAAACCUAGGCGGACUCGUAGUAAGGAUCGUUCAGGAAGCCAUGAUAGGCAAAGUGAUAGGUCAAGGUCACCUGGAAGUUCACGAAGCGGGAGUGGAAGCACGCGCAGGUCAAGGUCAUCGUCUGCUCGGGAGGCCAAGAGAAUUAAUAAAGAACAAGCUAUGCUACCAAUUUUUGCGGACGCUCAAAAGAAAAAGAGUUCUGCUGUUUGAUUAGAUUUCACUGUUAACUUUCAUGUUAUAGUAUCUAGGAUUUACAAAAUCGUAUUAUUAAAAUCUACCUAUGCAAUUUUAACUAAGGUUUCCCGAUUUUUAGCUCGACUAUUCGAAGAAUAGUCUAGCUAUUCUACUCACCCUGGCGUCGGCGUCUGCGUCACACCUUGGUUAAGUUUUUGCAUGCAAGUACAUACAGCUAUCAUUUAAAGGCAUAUAGCUUUGAAACUUUUUUUAUUCUUUUUCUAGGUCAAUUACCAACCUCACUGGGUCAAGUUCCAUAACUCUAACAUGUAUUUUGAGCAAAUUAUGCCCCCUUUUGGACUUAGAAAAUUCUGGUUAAAGUUUUACAUGCAAGUUACUAUCUCCAAAACUAAUGCAGAUAUUGAAUUGAAACUUCACAUGUGUCUUCGGGGUUAUAAAACUAGUUGAUAGCACCAAGUCCCAUAACUCUGACCUUCAUUUUGGCCAAAUUAAGCCCCCUUUUGUACUUAGAAAAUUUUGGUUAAUGUUUUGCGUGCAAGUACAUACAGCUAUUACUAAAAGGCAUAUAGAUUUGAAACUUAUUUUUUCUUUUUCUAGAUCAAUUACCUACCUCACUGGGUCAAGUCCCAUAACUCUGACAUGUAUUUUGGCUAAAUUAUGCCCCCUUUUGGACUUAGAAAAUUCUGGUUAAAGUUUUGCGUGCAAGUACAUACAGCUAUUACUAAAAGGCAUAUUGAUUUGAAACUUAUUUUUUCUUUUUCUAGAUCAAUUACCUACCUCAUUGGGUCAAGUCCCAUAACUCUGACAUGUAUUUUGAGCAAAUUAUGCCCCCUUUUGGACUUAGAAAAUCCUGGUUAAAGUUUUGCGUGCAAGAACAUACAGCUAUUACUAAAAGACAUAUUGAUUUGAAACUUAUUUUUUCUUUUUCUAGAUCAUUUACCUACCUCAUUGGGUCAAGUCCCAUAACUCUGACAUGUAUUUUGAGCAAAUUAUGCCCCCUUUUGGACUUAGAAAAUCCUGGUUAAAGUUUUACAUGCAAGUUACUAUCUCCAAAACUAAUGCAGAUAUUAAAUUGAAACUUCACAUGUGUCUUCGGGGUUAUAAAACUAGUUGAUAGAAUCAAGUCCCAUAACUCUGACAUGUCUUUUGGGCAAAUUAUGCCCCCUUUUGGACUUAGAAAAUCCUGGUUAAAGUUUUGCGUGCAAGUACAAACAGCUAUUACCAAAAGGCAUAUAGCUUUGAAACUUAUUUAUUCUUUUUCUAGGUCAGUUACCAACCUCACUGGGUCAAGUUCCAAAACUCUUAACAUGUAUUUUGAGCAAAUUAUGCCCCCUUUUGGACUUAGAAAAUUCUGGUUAAAGUUUUACAUGCAAGUUACUAUCUCCAAAACUAAUGCAGAUAUGGAAUUGAAACUUAACAUGUUUCUUCGGGGUUAUUAAACUAGUUGAUAGCAUCAAGUCCCAUAACUCUGACAUGCAUUUUGGUCAAAUUAUGUCCCGUUUCGAACUUAAAACUCUUUCGAUAUUUAACAUUUUGGGUAAUUAUUUCCUGCUUCUGUGACAAUAUUUCGAAUAGUCGAGCUUGGCUGUCUUAAGGACAGCUCUUGUUUAGUUGGUAAAAUCGACUAUUUUUUUACAUUUUACAUGGCAAAUCUUAACUGACACAAAUUCAAUUUCUGAGGUGUUUUUUGUAUCCAUUCUUUUCUUGGAAUUCUGGACCUCAAAAAGACAAUCUGUUGGAAAAUUAUUACACUAUAUUAGCGAAAGGCUUUCUCCUGUGACUGCAGUAACCUCUUUUACGCCCAAGUAUAUAUGACAAAUAUCAAGGAGAGAAAGCCUAUGACUGCAGUAACCUCUUUUACGCCAAAGUAUAUAUGACAAAUAUCAAGGAGAGAAAGCCUAUGACUGCAGUAACCUCUUUUACGCCAAAGUAUAUAUGACAAAUAUCAAGGAGAUAAAUACUUGUAGGCAUUUCUACCUUUAAAAGAAAGUAUAAAAAGAUGUGAACCUGUAUUUUGCGGGUUUUAAGAGCAGAAUUAUGUCCCUUUGAAAGCACCUGGGAUCUACAGCAAAUACUUUAUUGUUGUGCAAUAACCAAUGAAAAUGUUAAAAUAUUUCUUUUGUAGGAAAUUAAUUUUUGCAACAGCUUUAGCAACACAUAACAUAAUAGUUUAAACUUUAAUAUCAAAAUUUCAGUCACAUUUUAAUUAUAUUAUCCUUAAUCAGAAUUAAAAAAUAGGGAACCAAAUUUAGGAAAAACUGAAAUAUCUUAUACAAGUGAACAUAGAACAUAUCUUUAUACAUUUAUUAUGUAAUAUUAUAUAUUUUUACUUUUAUAUCUAAGUGUGCUACUAAUAUCGAUUUUGUAAAUAAAAAUGUUUAACAUCAAUAUUAAUUAACAUUGUGUAUAAUUUUGUAGAAAAAAAAACAACUUGUGUAAUGUAUAUCAUUUAUCAUUUUAGUUCAUUUUAUUCUUAUUCAAAUUUCUUUUGUUAAUUUAUUAUUUGCCCCCUUAAUUUCCUUGACUGAAAGUAAAAAAUCAGCUGGUACUAACUGGAGCUAACUGUCACAGUUGUUCAUUUUUAGCUCGACUUUUCAAAGAAAAAGUAGAGCUAUUGCACUCGCCCCGGUGUCAACGUGGGCGUCGCAGUUGGUUAAAGUUUUUUAUAAAGUCAAAUAUCUCUGUUACUAUCAAAGCUAUUGACUUGAAACUUAAAAUUGUUGUUUACUAUCAAAAUCUACACCAGGAGUAACAAUCCCCAUAACUAUGAUUUGAAUUUUGAUGGAGUUAUGCCCCUUUUUGACUUAGAAUUUUUGGUUAAAGUUUUUGAUAAAGUCAAAUAUCUCUGUUACUAACAAAGCUAUCGACUUGAAACAUAAAAUAGUUGUUAACUAUCAAAGUCUACACCAGGAGAAACCGUCCCCAUAACUUUGAUUUGAAUUUUGAUGGAGUUAUGCCCCUUUUAAACUUAGAAUUUUUUAGUUAAAAGUUUUAUAAACUUUUUACUGGCAAAGCUCUAAUUCAGAGUCAAGCACUGCGAAAAGUCGAGCAUGCUGUCUUACGGACAGCUCUUGUUAUUACUUCAGUUGUAUUUUGAUUUUUUUUGUAAUCAAAAAAUCAAUGUAAGAACAAAGCAAAUAACAGCAUAUCAAAUUGAAAUAAUAAAUAAACAAUACUAGAUCUAUUACACUUUUUCUAUUAUUUCACAUGGCUAAAUUCCAGAUAAGAUUGGGAUCAUUAAAAAAAACUCUGAAGCAAACACAUGAAAGAAAAUAACAAACUUGUUAUGCAAGUAGUAUAGAUUGUUCUUUAACACCAAAACUUUAUUACAUCGAAUUGUUAAAAACGUGUUGCAUAAAGGACAUCUGAAUUUCAGAACAACUACAGUUCAGUCAAUGAAAACUAGAUUCAAGACACUGCUGGACUAUUGUUUGAAUGAUUUUGGCUGAUGGAUUAAAUUGUUGUAGCCCAAGUCCUAUCAGUUUUCUAUAACAAGAGCUUGUUUACAGACAAGCAGAACUUGCCAAAGACUAAAAUAAUUGUAUAUUUAUUUCUUUUUUACUGUUCAUUAUCUACUUUUUUGAUUCAUGAUACAGUUUUCCUGAAUUUCUUCUUCAUUUUGUAAGUUCCCAAUAUAAUAUAUAUAGAAGAUGGUAGUACAAUGUAGUAAUUUUCUGAAUUUUGAAGGUACAUGUAUUUUGAAACAGGCACGAAACUUUUUACCUUAAUUAACAUAAUUUAUCUAUGUUAUAACUAUGGUAUUCUGCAAGUUUCAUAUGAAUCCAGGCAAAAUUGUGACUAUUCAAAAUUAUAUGUUCCAAAAAUUAUCGUAUUGUUUUUCGUUAUUCUUUACAAUAAUGAUUAACAAAUUGAGAUGUUUUGACAAUUAAAAAAGCAAUAUUGCCAACCCUUUGAGGUAUAUUUUAAAAAAGUUGUUACAGUAAAUGUAUUAAUGUAGAUCUGCAGUUAGUACAAAGAAGUAUAAAAUACACAGAAUGGCAACUGGCUGUAAUCUCACGUGAGCUCGUGUCAGAGCGUGAUUCGGCGUUAUCUUACUAAAAACAAACAUCGGCGAGCAUGGAGUUACAAUUUGUACCUUUAAAACUACAUUUAAAAUACAUGUUAGCUUCUAAAACAAAAUUAGUUUAAUUUGAAAUGGUCUUAAGACACGAAGUACAUGUUUUUUUUUUGCCAUCGAAAGAAGCGUGGUCAUACGGUGAUAAUUAUUUUACCGAUGAAUAAUUGCUUUCGCAUACAAAAUGGCGCUUGGAGAAAGCGCCACUUCCGGUAAACGAGAUCUCCUUUUUUUGUCACAGGAGGUUGGCAAGCUACCAGUACAUUAUGAAACUAUUUUCAUGAAUGUUGCAGCAAUCCUUGGAUCUUUCCCCUGAAUUCUGAACAUUUAAUGAAAAAUUGAGUCAAAUGUGAUUUAUCAAAUUGUGUCGCAUACAUUAUAUACUGUUGUUUCUAAAAACCGUUAGUCAUGAUAUUCAUAAAUGACAAAGAAAAAUGAUCUGAAUUUGGCAAAAUAACUUUGAAUCUGGCAAAUAAACUAUGAAUUUGCCAAAAUACUCUGAAUUUGUUAAAAUAACUAUGAAUUUGGCAAAAUAACUCUUGAAUUUGGCAAAAUAAUCUGAAUUUGUUAAAAUUUCUAUGAAGUUGGAAAAAUAACUCUGAAUUUGGUUGAAAACUCUGAAUUUGAAAGAGUAACUGUAUAUAAUAUCUCAGGAUUUAUUAUUUUGUUUUGCUAUGAUUUACACCUUGCUCUUUAUUGAAUAUAAUCAUACUUUAUUGCUACAUUAAAUUGAUCCAAAUUCAGCAUUUUUCUUUCUAGUGUAUAUUUGCAAUUGUCUUACUUGCCAUACAUGUACAAGAAAUGCAUAAGAUUCUGUUUCUUUUAAUUAUGAGUGUUCAUUAAAUGAUAUACAUGUAUAUAUGUCAAAUGUAUUGGAAAAUUACAUAGUUCUUUCAAUCAAUGAAAUGUCUUAGAACAUUCAUAAAAAUAUCAUAGGAUAUUUUCACAUGUACGAUACAUUCGUUUUGAGAUGAUGUAGUUUGGGUUAAAACUGUUUUAGUCAAUAGAUUUUCAUGACAUUUGUAUCAAAAAUCUGUCUGACCCAUACGAAAAUUUAUUUAAAAAUGCAUCUCCAGACUUGUUUUGUGUUUAUACCAAAUUUAUAUUUUUGGAAAUUAUUAUAGAACAUUAUGUUUUGUUAUUAUAUACCUUAAUUACUAUAAAUAGUAACAGAAUUGUACAGGACAGAAUCCUGUAAGCCAUGCUAUUAGCCGGAAGCAUGCAUAGUAAUCGGUUAUUGGCUCAACUGGUGUUGUGACGGUAAAUGGAAAGUCAUAUUUAGGUACAUAAUAAAUAACUCAUGAAAUACCAGUGACUUGCUUAGGUAGUUAUUUAAACUCUCCUAAACUUAUACAGUAGCACAAGGGCUUUAUGUCUUGGUGCCAGUAUAAGUUUCAUCAAGCCAAUAACCACUUACUUCACUUCAUUUGUUUACCAUUCUGUAUCAUAGGAUAGCUAUACUGAUGUAUCAAACUCCAUUUUACGUUAUUAAAAAUUAAGUACAAAAGACUUCAAAAAAUAAACAAGACUUGCUCUUA